GCGAAACGUGAUAACGUGGGAGUACGGUCCUCGGUCUCCGUCAGUGUCCUGGGUAAAGCCUACCCAGUAUGCACUUCGAUGUCUUACACUUUAACUUAUCGUAAGUGUUGGUAAAGUAGACGUUAGGGGGAAGCGGUUUGCCGACUGAAAAUCAAGCGCUAUAGCAAAAUUUCAAAGCCGUUAAUUUUGAAAUAGUCUUUGAUGACGUAGGCUACAUUAUGGAGUAUGACACGGAUUUGACAAAGUAUAUACGGGCUGCGAUUAAAAGAAAACUGCAGGAACUUGGUCCUUGUGUUGAAGAAGAGCUUACUGAUUACAUCAUGGUUCUGGUGGCCAACAAGAAGAAUUCCCACCAGAUGGCAGAAGACCUUUCCCUGUUCCUUGGCCGCAACUCUGUCAAAUUCACUCUUUGGCUACAUGGAGUCUUAGAAAAACUUGAUUCAAUGGCUAUUGAUCCAGGUUUGUUGAGGCCCCAUUACCUCCAGGCAAUGUCCAGUGUUUCCAUUGGCCAGGCUGACGGGGGAGGGGAAGAGCUGCAGGCCUCCACCCUAUCCAGCAUGCACUCACACAGUAUGGAUGCCCCGCUCUCCAUCAGCAACACUUUUACGCAUUACAGGAAUUGCUUCACAGAGAAGAGCGUGCUGCAUGUGUCACGUACUGUUCAGCCACCGAUUGGGCGUCUGUACAGCGAUGCCGGGUUUCGUGUUGAGCCAGAGCUGGGCAAGGCCCCUGAAGCUGCCUUUACCAGCAGACCUGGCCUGAAAAUGGGAGUCACAGUCCCCUGUGGUUUGGGCUGGCCCUCACAGGGCACUGGGCACCAGCUGAGCCCCUCCCAGGUCCCGGACGGUACGCAUGGCCACAGGUCCUCUGAACCGCCCCGGGGCAUAGAUCAACCGCAGUACGUCUACAGGAGGCCGGAGGAUAGCUGCCCUGCAGGGGACCCAGUCACUAGAGCAAGCAAGGACAGGGAUAACAGAGAGGAAGUGAUGUCCUGGAGGUGGGAGCACCAAAUGGUGAGCUCCAUAGAGCAUCCGAGGAGCGACACAGGUCAGAGCAGAUCUUCAGCAUUCCACCGUCUGCUAGGCAGGUGGGAUGAGAGGGAGUCUCAGAGUAGCGUCAGUCCCAAGUUCAUUGUGACGCUAGAUGGAGCACCCACUCCUUUGAAGAAACUGGAGGAUGAUGGGAAGGAAGAUGAGAGUCAGAGCAGAUCUUCAGCUUUCCACCCUCUGCUAGGCCGGCCCAAGGAGGAAGCGAAGGAGGAGCUAGUGUCUGAGGUGGGAGGACCCAGCGACGCCCACUGCUUCAUGCAAAGGAAGCCACUGGUAGGAGGCUCAAUCAGAAGAAAAUUAGCCACUACGGUGGGGGAGGAAGCCCUGGUCUCCACCCCACACGUGGCCCAGGGCAGCAGGUGGGAUGAGUCUCAGAGUGGCGUCAGUCCCAAGUUCAUUGUGACGCUAGAUGGAGCACCCACUCCUUUGAAGAAACUGGAGGAUGAUGGGAGGGAAGAUGAGAGUGAGUUGUACUACUCUGAUGAGGAGAACGGAUCGAUGGGAGCCAAACGUCGGAAGGUUCCAGAGCGCUGCAGGUUCUGGCCUGUGUGCGAGAGCGGGGACAAGUGCCUGUACCACCACCCCAUAACUCAUUGCAAAACCUUCCCUCACUGCAGUUUUGGGGACAAGUGCCUCUUCAUUCACCCCGACUGUAAGUACAAUGCUCAGUGUACGAGGGCGGAUUGCCCCUACACACACAGCAGUAAGAGAAGUCUCACCCCUUUAUCCAGGCCGGAAGCAAAGUUGCCUCCUGAUUUGUGUCACUUCUUCCCAGAGUGUGAGAAGAUGGACUGCCAGUUUUAUCACCCAAAACCUUGCCGAUUUAGGACCAGAUGUAAACGGGCGGACUGUUACUUUUACCAUCCGCCUGUGCCGUCAGGACACGCCCAAGCAGGGCAGAUUCCUAAGCAGUUAAAUGGCUGAACUGCGCAAAAAAAAAUGUGGUUACAUUUUUUUUUCUUUUGGACUGGAAUAAAUAUUUAUUUUAUAAAUGUUUUUUAACGCUUUUUUUGAUUUUUCCCUACCUGUUUGGAAUGCCCAGUCAUGUUCAGGCUGCACGAUUGGGCGUUCCAAAUGUGCCUUCCUUUAAAGCACAUUAUGUCAGCCACCAAUUCUUGUCACACCACAUUUCCCAAGUCAGGCUCGCACAGACAUCAAAUCAGAGGAAGACAUUGCAUCUGCAGCUCAACAGAAAUAAUUGUGAGAACCAGACUGACCAGCAGGGGUUGCUUAUGCUCGACAAGGCUGUCAUCCUGGCUGACUGAAACCCUCCCAUCCCUGGGCUACAGACAGCUGUGCACCGCCCUACGGGCUGGCACCUGUGCAGUCCAUAUUUAAUACCAGAGCAUGGGUCCCCAUCCAUGCAGUGACUACAGCAAUGCCUAAACUCAAUGAGCCACCCACCAGCACCUCUUUUAUAGACAUUUGCAUAUUCAUAUCCGUAAUACAAAUUGUAUGAAGUGUUUUAUAUUUUGAGUAAAUCAGCUUUAUGGACUGUAAUGAAGAAUAAAGACUAAAAAUCUAA